ACCACCGCAGUCAAAGCCUGGAGUCUCAUUCAGCACCUCUAGCUGCUGGACAGAGGCAGAGUUGAGCAAGAGAUCAGCUCAAAGAUCCAGUCUGGAGAGAGACCUUGCAGGCUAAAGAUUCACCUUCCUCAUCCCACUUCCCACCUUUUUCAUUUGUUGUUCUAUCAUAAUCUGUGCGCUGGGGUUUCACGAUCAGCGGGAGAGUCAAGAGCUGCUGACUGACACUGGUUGGCAAAGAGGAUCAGAGGAAAUCUGGAAGGAAGGAAGCACACACCGCAGAACUUCUUUCUUCUCCACUUUCAGAGGAGCCCAAAGUGGACGCCAUUGUGACAUUCUAUCUGCUUGACACACCAAGAGGAAAGCUGAACAUAAUUGUGUGCUCCGGGAGAAAACUAGAGAAGAGAAGCAAGCUUCCAUUCUUUGUUCUUGCUUUAUGAGAGCGGUCUCUGUAGACCCUGCUUCAGCACACUCUGCACUGUUUAGUUGCUGCAUGUAUCCACAGCUUUCAGGUGCAAGCAAGACCUAAAACACAAAGAGAGGAAAAAAGAAAGAAGAUAAACAGAGUGGAGCAACAUAAUUAGUGGUACUGACUUUGUGUCAGAGCAGGAAACCAUGGGAAGAGACGUUUGAAGGCAACGGUGCUCUGAGAAGCAUUGCAGCUAACCUUCAGCAUUUUUAUGUUUGUGGGAGUACAUGUCUGUACGUCUCUGUCAUUUUCAAAGGAACUGAAUUUGGAUUUGGAUGCGGAUUUACCCUCUUAUUAUGUCUCUAGAAUUAGGCUUUGAGAGACUGUGGAAUGGUUGCCACAGAAAGGUUUUCUGCUUAUUUUUGCUUCUUGUUUGUUAUUGUUUGAUCACCUUGGCAGCUAAACCCAAAAUGCCAGGCCACACGCACCUCAACUCAAUACGUAUUGAUGGGGACAUAUCCCUGGGUGGACUUUUCCCAGUACAUGCAAGAGGGAAUGACGGCAAAGCUUGUGGAGAGCUAAAAAAGGAGAAAGGGAUCCAUAGGCUGGAGGCCAUGUUGUUUGCCCUGGAUCGUAUCAAUAAUGACAAUGAGCUGCUGCCUAAUAUCACUCUGGGGGCCAGAAUUCUUGACACAUGCUCUCGGGACACCCAUGCUCUGGAACAGUCGCUGACAUUUGUCCAGGCAUUGAUUGAGAAAGACUCGACUGAUGUGAAGUGUCUCAGCGGAGGUCCACCCAUCAUCACCAAGCCAGAGAGAGUGGUCGGAGUGAUUGGUGCAUCGGCCAGCUCUGUGUCAAUCAUGGUAGCCAACAUUUUGCGACUCUUUAAGAUCCCUCAAGUGAGUUAUGCCUCUACAGCUCCAGAACUGAGUGAUAACACCCGCUACGACUUCUUCUCUCGUGUGGUGCCCCCAGACACUUACCAGGCUCAGGCUAUGGUUGACAUCGUCAAAGCUAUGCGAUGGAAUUACGUCUCAACUGUGGCUUCGGAGGGAAACUAUGGAGAAAGUGGUGUUGAUGCAUUUAUUCAAAAAUCUAGAGAGGAUGGUGGGUUGUGCAUAUCACAGUCAGUGAAAAUUCCCCGUGAACCAAGAAUAGGAGAGUUCGACAAGAUCAUUCACAGGCUGAGUGAGAACCCCAACGCUCGAGUGGUCAUUAUCUUUGCUAAUGAGGAUGACAUCAGGCGUCUCCUUCAAGCAGCCAAAAGAGCCAAUCAAACAGGUCACUUCAUAUGGGUAGGGUCUGACAGCUGGGGAUCCAAAAUUGCACCAAUCCUGAACCAAGAAGAAAUGGCAGAAGGGGCAGUCACCAUCCUACCAAAACGACAAUCAAUCAAAGGUUUUGAUCGGUACUUCAUCAGCCGAACAUUAGAGAACAACCGACGAAAUAUCUGGUUUGCAGAGUUUUGGGAGAACAAUUUCCAGUGCAAGCUUAGUCGGCAUGCUGUGAAGAAAGGAUCUGGCAUCAAAAAGUGCACAAACCAUGAGCGGAUUGGAAAAGAUUCAUCCUAUGAGCAAGAAGGGAAAGUACAAUUCGUAAUAGAUGCUGUGUAUGCCAUGGCUCAUGCUCUCCAUAACAUGCACAAAGACCUCUGCCCUGGGAAAGUUGGCCUCUGCUCCAAAAUGGAUACCAUCAAUGGCACACUGCUUCUCAAGUACAUUCGCAAUGUCAACUUUACAGGAAUUGCAGGUACCCCUGUGAUCUUCAACGUGAAUGGAGAUGCUCCUGGUCGCUAUGAAAUCUACCAAUACCAGAUUAGUAAUAACACAAUGGAAUACAAGAUCAUCGGGCACUGGACAGAUCAGCUCUACCUAAAUACUGAGGAGAUGCAGUGGCCUGGUGGAACCCAAGAAGUGCCGUCCUCUAUCUGCAGCCAGCCUUGCCGUCCUGGGCAGCGCAAAAAAACAGUGAAGGGGAUUCCAUGCUGCUGGCACUGUGAGAGUUGUGACGGCUACCAGUAUCAGGCAGAUACUUACACCUGCAAAAUGUGCCGCUUUGAUUUGCGGCCAAAUGAAAACCACACCGGAUGUGUUCCCAUUCCGAUUGUCAAGCUGGAGUGGAGCUCUCCUUGGGCAGUCAUUCCUGUCCUGAUUGCAGUAUUUGGUAUCAUAGCUACUUUGCUAGUCGUUGCUACAUUUGUUCGCUACAACGAUACGCCCAUCGUUAAAGCAUCUGGUCGAGAACUGAGUUAUGUACUAUUGACAGGUAUCUUUUUGUGCUAUGCUACAACUUUUCUCAUGAUCUCAACGCCGGAUGUGUUUGUAUGCUCCCUACGCAGGAUUUUUCUUGGGCUUGGCAUGAGUAUAAGCUAUGCAGCACUGUUAACCAAGACAAAUCGGAUAUACAGGAUUUUUGAGCAAGGCAAAAUGUCUGUCAGUGCUCCUCGAUUCAUCUCUCCAGCCUCUCAGUUAGUCAUCACUUUUAGUCUGAUAUCGGUGCAGCUACUUGGAGUGUGCAUCUGGUUUGGGGUUGAUCCAUCACAAGCUAUCAUCGACUAUGAGGACCAGCGUACAGCCAAUCCUGAAAUGGCCAGAGGGGUACUAAAAUGUGACAUAUCAGACCUGUCUCUGAUCUGUCUGCUUGGAUAUAGCAUGCUUCUGAUGGUCACCUGCACAGUUUAUGCAAUCAAAACUAGAGGAGUUCCUGAAACAUUCAAUGAGGCCAAGCCUAUUGGCUUCACCAUGUACACAACCUGCAUUGUUUGGCUAGCCUUCAUCCCCAUCUUUUUUGGAACUUCACAGUCAACAGAGAAGAUGUAUAUCCAGACAACAACACUGACUAUCUCUGUCAGCCUCAGUGCAUCAGUUUCCCUUGGAAUGCUCUAUAUGCCCAAGGUCUAUGUGGUUCUCUUUCAUCCAGAGCAGAAUGUGCCCAAGCGCAAGCGCAGCCUGAAGGCUGUGGUCACUGCAGCCACAAUGUCCAACAAGUUCAACCCCAAGGGAAGCCUGAGGCCAAAUGGAGAAGCCAAAUCUGAACUCUGUGAAAGUCUGGAAACACAAGUGUUGGCCUCGAAGCAGACAUACAUAAGCUACAGCAACCAUGCCAUCUAAGACAGACACAAACUGAAUGAGGGAAGCAAAGGCCUGCCAUGGGAGGUAUCACCUUUUUUUAGGACGUCACUCAAUUUUGGAUCAAGAACGUUCAAGCUUCUGCAACUUGGAGAACUUAGAAGAAUCCUGGAAAUUAUUUACUUGGAUGCCAUAUUUUUUGAAGAUUUAAGGCUUGAAUGCUGAAUUGAUAGUUAACCAGUAUAUUACAGAAUUAAGAUGGGAGUUGUAAGAGAUCUUGAAUAUGUAGGAAAUGUCCUCCCACACUUUUUAAGACAAAAGGGAGAUUUGAGUGUUGACAUUUUUGAAACAGAGAGGAAAAGGUUUAGCAUGUUGUUUUCUCCCGAAGUGUAUAGCACACAUUUCUUUAUAAAGCUGAAUCAGAGUUUUAUUUUUUUUUUUUUUUUUUUUUUUUUUGUUUUAAUUUUUUUUUUUUUUUUUUUUUUUUUUUUUACCAAACUCUGUUGAAUCAUGAAUAUUGAAUCAUAAAAAACAUGGUAUUUUUGGUUACAGAAAUCUGUGCAGUUGAAAGUUGCAGUUCUCUUCAUGCCUUACAACAAAAAACUCAGUAAUUCUCCAUGAACUAAACACAUGUGAAAAGCAUAAUAAUGAAGCAGCGGAUGAGCCCAGUUUGGUUAACUUUUCAUGACAACAAUGACUUCACGAUGAUCAUCUCGGGAAUCCUUCUGUACAGUCCCAAAGCAUGCCAAUUGGAACAUCCCGUGUGCCGUGCUGUGUUGUCAAUGUCUUUGGAAUGCAACAUUUUCACAUCUGUUAUUCACAGUGAAGAUGCCAUUUUGAUCUGUUACCUGUUAGGUAACCUUCUGCCGGACAAAAGAACAAUCCCAUACAAAGGGUUGCCAAACUGAAAUGCAAUUACAUAUUUUAAUAUCACCAUCCAUACAUUUUGGCAGACUUCCACAUUUUCAUCAUAAAUCAGUUGGUCCUUAUUUAUCUUGCACAGACAGAAACUCUUGACAGAACCAGGUUUUUGAGGUGGAAUCUAUUUCUGUACCUGUUUUUUCCUCAGUUAAGGAUUUCUUGACUGUUUUAAGAAAUAGUCACAACCCUUAUCUCCGUGGAACAGAAAUAGUUUAAUUUAGACAUCAGACAGUUCUCUGUACCUACAUGAUGGAUAAAUCAAAAUGGUUGGUUUGUUAUCAUUAUAAACCCUAAUAUCAGUGCUUUGCACAUGUUUUGAAACAUAAACCUAAUGAUGGGUUGUAGUUGUGAAAAAUAAUGAAUAGACCAGCAUUAAAUAAUAUUGGUUUUGUUUUGGAAUAUUUUGCUGUCAUUCUUCUUUAUAAUGGCCAUUAGGGCUAAACAAUCAGUGACAUCUCAGCAAUAGCUGGAGGCAAAUGGGGUUUACAUAAGUUGACAACUCAGUAGUAAUGUCAGUUUAGAGAUAUUUAGAUCUUUCAUGCUCAAAAAUAACAAAAAAAAAAUCAAACAAGAAAAACACUUUUUCAUAUGCAUAAUCACUUGAGACUUUCAAAGGUUUCCAUAGUCCUUGAACAUCUCUACAUUUUGUUGCGUUUUCACACUGAAUUUACAAAUCAAUGUAUUAUUAAAAAAUAUUGUUUAUAUGUAGUUAAGAGAUCCUUUUAAAGCAACAAAAGAUGGUGCAAAUGAAAAAAAACCCCAGAAUAAACUAUAAAUCAAGCAUAUGUGAAUAUAAUUGUAUUAGUUUAAGUCUUUUCCAGCUUUUAUGUUUUCCCUGUCUUGCACUUUUCUCUACUACUCUUUUAUUUUCUGCUAGAUAAUGGUAUUUUUAUGUUUUACAGCAGAUAAAAAAUUAUAGCCUUGGACUAUUUGGACCAGACCAACUUCUUUUUUGGGUUUGCUGUGUCUUCCAUUUGUUCAAACUGCAAACAUGAAUUAUGGCAACCUUUCAACAGUGUCUUUCUACUUGCCACUCUUAAGCACAGGCCAGAUUUAAGAAAGUAUAAUAGUGGCCUUGUCAACAUAAAUUCUAUACCUUAGCUGUGGAUCUACACAGCUCAUCCGCAGUUACCAUGGGCCUCCAAGGAGCUUCUUUAAAUAAUACUCUCUUCACUCUGUCUGUCAGUUUUGAUUAAAUGCUUUCUAAUUUCACACACUUUAAACUUCCUGGCAGCUUUAGUCCUGACCUACCUGGUUUGGUCUCUAGUAAUAAUACUAUUCCUGUGACAAACCUCAGGCCUUCAUAGAUGAUAUGUAUGCUGAUUAUAAAUUACAUAUCCACACCACAAUAGGGUUUGUAACACUAAAAAUAUACACAUUUUUUUUUUAGAUAUUGACAAUUACCCGUUAGCUUGUUUUGGUCCACCACAUGAAAUUUCACGGAAAAAGACAUUGAGGUAAUAGUAACAAAGUAUAUUAAACUACAAGGGUAUGUAUACUUUUGAGAGGCCAAGUAAAUCCAUUGAUAGCAGUCUGCCUCUAAGAUGAAAUAUAUAAUCCAAAAAAAGUCUUUGUACCUCCACAUUACAUUUUAAAUCUAUUUUUUUUAGCAUUUCUGCCAACUAGCAAUAACGAAUUAUCAAAAUUCACUAUCAAUAUUCUAAGAUUAUAUGCAACAUAUAUGCGUGAUAAAUAAGGGCCAGUGCCUUCAUCCUGUGCCUCAUACCGACUUCUCCUGCCAUUCAUUUUCUCACUGUCAUGGUGUUCAGUGUAUUCUGUUUCAGCGUAAUUCAAAACUGGACGUGUACAAUUUAUAGUUAUGUGCAAACUGCAUUUCUGUCUUCAGUCUGGAGUACUGUAUUUGUCAUUAAUAGUAAAUCUUGAAUUUGUUUCAUUAAAUGUUAUCUCCAGCAAUGCAAAAGUCUGUAUGUUGCAUGUCAGAGCUCAUAUGUCACACAGUUUGGGAGAAAGGCGUAAUGUUCAAAAGGAAAAGUGCUGCAAAUGAUUCCAAUUUAGGAUUUUGAUAAGUGAUUUACGUAGGUACAAUAAGUCUACGGUAAUGCAGCAAUGGUUUUCUAAUUUUUUUGAUCGAGUAUUGUUUGUGGAAUUGUUUGUGUUUGUGAAGAUCAAUAAUUUAGUUUUCUUUUGCCACUGAUACUUUUUUUUCUUUCUACAACACUGUGUGUGUUGUAAAAUACAAUAUGUAAGUGCUGACUGAAAUUAAAUGGUAAGUUAAUGUAUGUUAUUAAAAUGGAUUGAUCAUUUCUGCUUUAUGUACUUACAUAUUAAAAAAUAUCUAAAAGUUACAGUGCCUGAA